AUGGAGAGACAACUACCCGAGUACGGAUGGUUCAACAUCCAAGUGAUCUCCGGCGUGUUCACCGACAAAGUGAGCCAACACAUUGCCGAGUCGUUGGGAAUGGUGACAUUGUACGAAUUCGUUUACUCGGCAUGGACCACCGCCAACAAGGCGACUGACGAACAAAUAGAGUUCUUUAAGGAAAUUGUGAGGGAAAAUUACUUGGCCAAAGUGAUGUCAGUGAAAAUCGGCGAGUCGUCGUCGGUUCACAGCGGUCGUCAGUCGAACGUGAUCGAAGAACAAGAUAUUAUUAUGUAG